AUGGUGCACAUGGCCGCAGGGCUCGAUGGGGCCCUUUUGUUCCUGCUCCUCUUCAUGGGUGUCAUUUUGGCCUGGUACUGGUGGCACCAUGGGGCUGCCAGGAAGUACCAGGAAAGGGCUCACCCGGAUCCCCCGGCCCCCCAAGAGGAGGGGGAGAUGGUGUUCCACGAGCAGCUCCAUGAUGGGGAGAAGCCCCACACGUGCGUGGAGUGUGGGAAGAGCUUCAGGUGGAACUACAAGCUCAUCGAGCACCAGAGGACCCACACUGGGGAGAGGCCCUACGAGUGUAGGGAGUGUGGACAGAGCUUCAGGCAGAGCUCCAGCCUGAUCAGCCACCAGAGAACCCACACUGGAGAACGGCCCCCUGAGUGUGGGGAGUGUGGGAAGAGCUUCAAGUGGAGCUGUGACCUGAUCAAGCACCAGAGGAUCCACACUGGGGAACGACCCUACGAGUGUGGGGAAUGUGGGAAGAGCUUUAAGGACCAUGACACCCUUAUCAGGCACCAAAAGAUCCACACUAGGGAGAGGCCUUACGAGUGUUCCGAGUGUGGGAAUAGAUUUCGCUUCAACUCCCAUCUCCUCCUGCACAACCUGAGUCACACAGAGGAGAGGCCCUUCUUCUGCCCUGAGUGUGGGAAGAGAUUUAAGUACAACUGCCAACUCAUCACCCACCGGUGCAUCCACACUGGGGAGAGACCCUACAAGGGUGGAGAAUGUGGGAAGAGCUUCUCACAGAGCUCUCAUUUGACCCGACACCAAUACAGCCACAGUGGGGAGAAGCCCCACAAGUGCUUGCAGUGUGGGAAGAGCUUUAGGCGGAGCUCCCACCUGAUCAGCCACCAGAUGAUCCACACCGGGGAAUGGCCCUAUGAGUGUGGGGAGUGUGGGAAGGGCUUCAGCUACAGAUCCAACCUUGUGAUCCACCAACGCAUCCACACUGGGGAGAGGCCCUACAAGUGUCCCCAGUGUCAGAAGAGGUUUCAGACCAGCUCCAGUCUCCUCCAGCACCAGCGGAUUCACACCGAGGAGAGGCCCUUCCAAUGCCCUGAGUGCGGGAAGGGCUUCAAGCACAACUCCAACCUCAUCAAGCACCGGCGCAUCCACACUGGGGAGAGGCCCUACCAGUGCCCCACCUGUGGGAAGAGGUUUCAGACCAGCUCACAUCUCCUCCUGCAUGAGCGGAUUCACACUGGAGAGAGGCCCUUGUGCUGCCCUGAGUGCGGGAAGGGAUUCAAGCGCAACUCCACCCUCAUCAUCCACCAGCACAUCCACACAGGGGAGAGGCCCUACGAGUGUCCCCAGUGUGGGAAAAGCUUCACCACCAGCUCUCACUUGACCAGACACCAACAGAUCCAUGAUGGGGAGAAGCCCCACACGUGCUUGGAGUGUGGGAAGGGCUUCAGGUGGAACUCUGAGCUGAACAGGCACCAGAGGACCCACACUGGGGAGAGGCCCUAUGAGUGUGGGGAAUGUGGGAAGAGUUUCAGCCGGAGCUCCCACCUGAUCGUGCACCAGAGGAUCCACACGGCGGAGAGACCCUACAAAUGCAAGGAGUGUGGGAAGAGUUUCAGCCAUAACUCCAGCCUAAUCAACCACCUCGUGAUCCACACUGGGGAACGGCACUAUGAGUGUGGGGUGUGUGGACAGAGCUUCAGCCUGAGGUGCAACCUGAUCAAGCACCAGAUGAUCCACACAGGGGAGAGGCACUACGAGUGUUCUGAGUGUGGGAAGCGGUUUCAGACCAGCUCCAAUCUCCUCCGGCACUAUCAGACUCACACAGAGGAGAGGCCCUUCCGCUGCCCCGAGUGUGGGAAGGGAUUCCAGUGCAACUCCCACCUCAUCAGACACCAGCACAUCCACACUGGGGAGAGGCCCUACGAGUGUGAUAAAUGCAGGAAGAGGUUUCAGACCAGCUCCAAUCUCUUCCGCCACUAUCGGAUUCACACAGAGGAGAGGCCAUUCCAAUGCCCCGACUGCGGGAAGAGAUUCAAGCACAACUCCAUCCUUGUCACCCACCGGCGCAUCCACACUGGGGAGAGGCCCUACGAAUGUCCCCAGUGUGGGAAGAGCUUCUCACAGAGCUCUAACUUGACCCAACAUCAAUGGAGGCACCACUAAGGGAAGCCCUGCGAGUGCCGCCAGUGCAGGAAGAACUUCGUGCGCUGCUCCAGCUCCAUCCCCCACUGGAGGAGGCACUUUGGGUACAGCCCUGGUCACUCACAUUCCCUGUGAUCCAUGUUGGGAAAACACCGGGCUGCUUCUACUUUUGGUUUGGCUUAAAUUUUCUUCUGCUUCAUCUUCAUCUCUUCAAAACCACCAAAACAGGGUUAAAUGAAAUAAAUUGAUCAAAGAUGUCUAAAGUCCCAAAAUUUCAGAGUUUUUUAAAGGGGAAUUGAUGGUUUGGGGACAAUAUUCUGGAGGAUUUGUGGGUUCUGGGGGGAUUUUGCGCAGUAUUCUCCAUCUCUUUGCACUCCAAAAGCCAAGAGUGUCACCUCAAAACAACUGAAUCCCACUGAAAACUACUGAAUUUUAAUUCAUACAGUCCCAAUCCCACUUCAAAAUGCCUUGUUGGCACUUCAAAAAAACUCAAUCCCACAGCAGACUCACUUGAUUUCACAGAUGCCAGGUUGAGAUGGGGUUGGAAGGCGAUUGGGAGAAGUGGGAUCCCAAUUUGGAGC